AUGGCCUCCCUUGCUGCAGCAAAUGCAGAAUUUGGCUUCGACUUAUUCAGAGAGAUGGAUAGCAGUCAAGGAAAUGGAAAUGUAUUCUUCUCUUCCCUGAGCAUCUUCACUGCCCUAACCCUAAUCCGUCUGGGUGCUCGAGGUGACUGUGCACGUCAAAUUGACAAGGCACUUUACUUUAAUACCCCAUCAAGACAAGGAGACUCCUCUAACAACCAGCCAGGACUGCAGCAUCAAUUGAAAAGCGUUCUUGCUGACAUAAACUCAUCUCAUAAGGAUUAUGAACUCAGCAUUGCCAAUGGACUUUUUGCAGAAAAAGUGUUUGACUUUCAUAAGAAUUACAUUGACUGUGCUGAAAAGUUAUACGAUGCCAAAGUAGACAGAGUUGACUUCACAAAUGAUAUAGAAGAAACCAGAUAUAAAAUUAAUAAAUGGAUUGAAAAUGAGACACAUGGAAAAAUCAAGAAGGUGUUAAGUGGAAGCAGCCUCAGCUCAUCGGCUGUCAUGGUGCUGGUGAAUGCUGUUUACUUCAAAGGCAAAUGGAAAUCUGCCUUCACCAAGAGUGAGACCCUCAACUGCCAUUUCAGAUCUCCCACGUGUCCUGACAAAGCAGUUGCUAUGAUGCAUCAAGAACGGAGGUUCAACUUGUCUACAAUUCAGGACCCACCCAUGCAGGUGCUUGAGCUCCAAUAUCAUGGUGGCAUAAGCAUGUACAUCAUGCUGCCCAAGAAUGACCUAUCCCAGAUUGAAAGCAAGCUGAGCUUUCGGAAUCUAAUGAACUGGACCAAUAGGAGGAAAAUGAAAUCUCAGUAUGUGGAGGUGUUUCUUCCUCAGUUCAAGAUAGAGAAGAAUUAUGAAAUGAGGCGCCAUUUGAAAUCCCUCGGGUUGGAAGAUAUCUUUGAUGAGUCCAGAGCAGAUCUCUCUGGAAUUGCUUCUGGAGGCCGUCUCUAUGUAUCAAAGCUGAUGCACAAGUCAUUCAUAGAGGUCACGGAGGAGGGCACCGAGGCCUCUGCUGCCACAGAAAAUAACAUUGUUGAAAAGCAGCUCCCUGACUCCACAGUGUUCAGAGCUGACCAUCCCUUUCUGUUUGUCAUCAGGAAGAACGGUAUCAUCUUAUUUACGGGUAAAGUCUCUUGCCCUUGA